AUGAGGAUCACGAAGCCCCCACUCCUCCUGCUGCUGCUCCUGGGGACCCUGAUCCUGAAGGACACCCGGGCGGGCCCCCACUCCCUGAGGUAUUUCUCCACCGCGAUGUCCCGGCCCGGCCCCGGGGAGCCCCGCUUCAUCUCGGUGGGCUCCGUGGACGACGCGCAGUUCGUGCGGUUCGACAGCGACUCCCCGGGGCCGAGGAUGGAGCCGCGGGCGGCCAGGGUGGAGCAGGAGGGGCCGGAGUACUGGGAGGGGGAGACGCGGAGCGCGAAGGACAACGCACGGCUUCUCCCGGAGAACCUGCGCGUCCUGCGCGGCUGCUACAACCAGAGCGCGGCUGGCUCUCACACCGUCCAGUGGAUGUACGGCUGCGACGUGGGGCCCGACGGGCGCCUCCUCCGCGGGUACCAUCAGGUCGCCUACGACGGCGCCGAUUACCUGGCCCUGAGCGGGGACCUGCGCUCCUGGACCGCGGCGGACACGGCUGCUCAGAUCACCGGGCGCAAGUGGGAGGCGGCCGGAGAGGCAGAUCACCGGAGGAACUACCUGGAGGGCACGUAUGUGGAGUAG